GGCGGGGGAGAAAUAGGUGAUAAGCUCAGCGUUACCUAGUUUCCCUUCGCUAUGUUUAUGUAGGUGUUCUGUUUGUGUGUAGUUCGUUUGUUUAAAACAAUGGCGAAGGCUACCGUCAGGACUCCCGAGGAAGAAGCCGCUCGACUGGAGCGCCGUCGAGAAGCUGAUCGUGAACGGAUGCGUCGACGGAGAUCCGAUCCUGAAGCGAGAGCUAGGGAAGUUGAAGCAAGGCGUCGCAAGAGGCAAGAAGAUUCUGAAGCUCGCGAACGCAGCAGAUUGAAUUCUGCAAGAUACUACGCAGAACACCGAGAAGAAAUCCUGAGCGCUAGCAAACGGAAGAGGCUGCAAGAUCUUGGGUUGCGUGUGCCACUAUCGGAGCGCUGCAGCCCACAUGGAACCCUGCCUGUCGAGUCUACGAAAGCUGUGCAGACAGAGGCCACAGGGUGCUUCAGUGGUAGGAUGGACGCUGCAGUUGGGACAACGAUUGCAGACAGGGGUGUGUGCCAAUCAACCCAGACAUCGCCUGCUGCUAAGAAGGUGCACAGAUGGGCAAAUACCACAGACCUUGAUGUCCAUGACAGUGGCCUUUAUGUGCAAGCAAUUUUGAGUUGGCCUGCGUCAUCUGCUCAUGCUUACUGGCAUUCAUGAUGUCCCCCAUGCAAGAGUCCUUCAUCGAUGUGACGGCUGACUACGACACGUGUGGCACAUGAACCAAUGGUGCCUGUGCCCUCAAGGAUCAUGACGUCUUUGGUGCGACACACCAUUCAAUGAAGCAGCCACUUCGACCCCUCCACCGCCGAUGGCUUCCUCAAACUGCUUUUCCCUAUUUCUGCACUUGGCCUGCAUCAUCUGCUUGUGCUUACUGGUGUUCCUGAUGUCCCCCAUGCAAGAGCCCUUCAAUACGCUAACUAUGAGACGUGUGGUGCAUAGACCAACACUGCAAGCGCCAUCAAGCAUUGUAACAUCUUUUGUGCGACACUGGACACACCAUUCUACGACGCAGCCACUUUGACACCGCCAGCGUUACCCGAGAACCAUAUAAGCAGUCUGCGAACGGCUUUCCUCUUCUGUGGGCAUGGGAAUGCAGCACCGAUGGCAUCCUGAAAAUGGUUCUGCCUAUUUGUGCUCUAAAGGAGCGGCCUGGUGAUACAAUGGGCACAGAUCAUCGCCUGCUGGACCCACCACAGUCAUGAAAGAGGACACUGCUACACACUGCGAACAGAGAGCAGACAGUGCUAUUUAUUCCGCAUGGUGCAAGGGCAUCUCCAAAGCAACAGAAGCCACAUUAUACACUCUGAAAAUCUCCAUAGGAGCGCAAUCUUCAAAUCUAGAUGAUUGCUGUGAUGUCUCCUCAUUCUGUAGGUGUCACUUCCAGUCGAAGGUGCCUCCUUACACUUAUUGAUAUUAUCAUCAACAUAAAGGGACCAUCAUGAGGCAGAUCAGCUGCUCAGUGGAAACUUUGCCGUCAACAAAAAGUCUUUGUCUGAAAGCCAGCACAUUAUCUGUUUUAUUUGUGCACAAAAAAUGAAAACAAGCAUCUGAAGCUUGCAUGUACAAGCUUUUGGCCUUUUCACUUGUGUACAUGUACAUUUUUGCCAUUGUUGUCUCUGCCGUGCUGUGCAGUUGCAUGAAAAGCAGCCAACUGUGAACAAUGUGUAUAUAUAUAUAUAUACGUGCAGCUGUUGCCUCUGGGUGUGUGCAGUAGAACCUUGCUUAUACUUUUCUACAGGACAGCACAAUAAGAAACUUAUUAUCUAGGAAAAAUGGAACAUCCUUUAGCGUUUGUAGUAUCAAUACUAAUGAGACAAAAGGUUACUCUUGCACAGGACCUAAUUUUAUCUUCUACAGGAGGCUAAUGAACUAUUGAAAACAUGCUCAGUAGAGCUCAUUGCUGCUUGGCAGUUAGAUUGAACUUUAUACAGCUUUUUUGAGAUGCUGCAGCCGUGAAGCACAUUAAAUGGAGCUUGUAAUUUCUAUCUGGUGCUUCAGCUGAAUCUUCAAUAAUAACAACCUCUUUUCAAGCACUGACACCUCUGUUUUAGUCUAUGUGCAGUUUAGUCUACACUGCAGUAACUGUGCAAGGUAUCAAAGAUGACAGGAUAGCUUUAGAUAGGUUUGUGCAUUAGUGGACAUGAGUGCUUUCAGUGUAUGUCAAUGUCCAGCACAGAAUGUGCCACAGUCCUUCUUUAUGUCACAUUUGCAUACAGUACUGCAAUGCAGAAAACAGCCCACUCUAAGUCAUUCUGCCUUGUUUAGUUUCACUGUAUAAAGUGCUUCUCGUGGCAGCUAGCGUCAGAGCGUAAACAAACUCAACCCCACUACGCAAUGCCGGCAUGCCUAGGGACAAACGCCUACAACAUGUGCUAGGAAACUUCAGUAGUGCCUAGGCAGAGUCAUAUAUUCGAGGAGCAAAAGCCCUCAGAUUUUUUAUCUCGCGCCGCUCUUACUCACGCCUGCACACAAAUAGCUGACAAUCCCAUAAAUGAAUGUCUCGUGGCGCCACAGUCAACGUGUGCACCGACUCGCAGCGCUUCCGGUCAGCAGUGUUGCCAGGUUUGGCUAUGUAUAGCCAAACUGGGCUACAGAAAAAGAAUUUUCACGUCGACUUGGGUGAGUUGACUAUAUUUGGGCUGCUGAAAAUCUGCGACUUAGUUUUGUUUGGGCUUUACGUGACGCCCCAAUCCACGCUUCAGAGAUGGCUCUCAUAGAAUAGAUACAAAUCUAGAAGGCGAUGUUUUAGAUGGUUGAGCCAGCAGUGCGGUCGUGCGUGUACGCUGUUGUCUGAGCCGACGGAUUUGAUCUUUGAUGCACUUAAAUUUAGACCGUGCUUCACCCUGCAAACAUCUGCACCAGCAACAUCGUCUCCCCUUCGUCUUAUCUGUUUCAGCCAUCAGACACUCGAUCACCUGGUAUCGGAAUGAGCCUGGAAGAAGAGGGUGUUUCACAGUACACUCUACUAACAUGGCUAUGCUCAGAAAGGGAGAGCAAUAAAAUAGGGCCGGGCGAUCGUGGUGCCGGCAUGAAAGAAGGGUAGCACGGGUAGGUGACACGCUCCAGUGUGUUCAUGGCCAUCACUUCUGGUUGGAGUAUCACGCUGUGUACCGCUUUUGACUUGCUCCACGUUUCUCACGGCAUAGGCGCCGACUGCGGGGGGGGGGGAGGCUCCGGGGGGGCUGAGCGAUGCUGAAGCCUCCCCCCCCACCUAAUGUGUCAUUUCCAGAGUUUUGUCACCCACACCAUUUGAACAGAAACGGACUUGGCAAUUUCUUACAAACCCAUACGGGUGCAGUGCGGCGGCACAGAUGUCUAAAUGUGGCACAGAUUAGAAUGGUCACUGUGGGCAAUAGCGUGACGUCAAGGUUAUCGCAGUAUAUAAGGAGGAGAGGUAUCGGCGCUAAAGAUAGCUGCGUUAUCGAUGGGGCAGACAUGUAUACUUCGUACACCCGAAGAACAACAUGCGUACGAGAAGCUCUGCAGGGAACAGCAACAAAAAUUUAAACGGCGCCAGCACGAAACGACCACUGAUGAAGAACGUUCCCGCAACGCUGAAUGAAAGCGACAAUCGCGAGCCCGGGCACCUCCGAACGAGCAACGAUGCCAGACUCGCAACGCAAAAGAUGACAACCAUUCCAUUCUCUGAAGAUAAAAUUGCAGCGAAAGCACUUUGCUUUUCACUUGAGAGCUUUGACUGUCAUCAGCUUUCGCUGCCAUUCCAUCUUCACAGAGUGGAACGGUCAUUUUUUUUUGUUCGUGUUCACAUUCAAGAUUCAUCUCGAUACCUUCGCCCUCUGCAGUGAUUCGCUAGGAACUUGAGUUUCGGGGGCAAACCAAUUCCGUGUGUAACUGUGCAAGCAUGAUGUCGCUGUUGUUGAUGUCAAGCAUAGAGUUUCUCGCUAUAACACCUAGAGGGAAAUCUGGCACCACCGUCUAUGGGAGUUUCCUAAGGGGUGCUAUGCCGUCAUGGGAAUGACUGUGUCUGCGAGGCUUGUGUUGGCUGGUGUUGUAAGAGGCUUUGUCUAAAACGUGGAUAUGGCUACACAAAUAACGCGUUCUUAAAGUAAAAUCUUUAUUAAAAUGUUUCCAUUCAUGCAUAUUACAUCUUCCAGUGAAGUUUACUCAUCUACAAUGCAUAACCAAGCGAAGAAAAGCAAGAACAGACGGCAAACUGUUCCAAAGCGAGCAAGAAUCUUGUCGUCUGACCUUCAAGUUUAGCGGCCCGCUGGCACUUUUUAUGUUUCAUAUAAUUGUACAUGCAAUAACAAGUCCUCACAGUUAAACAAAACAUUUUUGUGUAAUAAUAAAGCUAGAACAGCUUUCUAUGUGCUGUUUUAGUAGAAAUUUAAUAAUCGUGACGACGGAACGGUGCUUGCCUGGUUCUCCGAGAACGAUGCCAAUCUGAAGUCACAAUAUACCGGCAUUCCCAUGCAUACCACUAAAGCCCCUUAAACUUUGUAAAGUAGCGGCACGCUUUGAAGAAUGCCUCCUCCUCGCGCGCUCUGGCCGAGGCAGACGCCGCUAUUGACCUAAUAGCCAUACAGUUUCCUACUUUCUUGUAGGGAACUCUAUGCUAUAGCAUCACGUGGACCCUUGCGCCGUGCAUCAGCGCCAUUUUUGCUCCAGAAACGUCUACGGAGUGGCGAGGAGCGCAUGUUGGCGCCGUUGCUACGCUCGAGCAGUGUAGGCGGCGCAACGGUCGAGGAGGGAGCGUGAAAGUGAGGAUAAACGAGGAGGAGUGAAGGGGGAGGAGGAGAGUGUCACUACUUCAGGAAGUUUAAUGGGUUUUACAUGCCACCACGACCUACUGUAUAUACAGUAGGUCGUGCAUGCCACAGCGUAGCAGCGCCAGAUUUCCCGCUAUUAUAGGUCAUAUAGUGAGAAACUCUAUGAUGUGAAGAGUCGACCGUCACGUACUUUAUGCUACAACUGGUUGCGCAAAAAGGGAUUGCCGUAGUUGAAUGUGAAAAUGUAUGUACAAAUAAAAAUGGCUAUAUUUGGCUACAACUUUUCUUUCUUUUUUUUCCCUUUGGCUACAUUUGGGCUACAAUUUCUCUAGCUUUGGGCUAUGCUGCCUUGUCCGACCUGGCAACACUGCCAGUCAUUUGCUCCUCGUCAGUCGAGCCAGCCGGAUGGCUCCCAAACGCCGUCGCGAGUCUCCCAACACGCGGAAGCAGAAGAACAACGAGCGACGGCGCUUGAAGCGGGCUACAAUGUCUCCAGACACCAAAGCAAAGGAGGCGGAGCGACGACGGCAGCAACGGCAGCGCAAUCGUCCUCAGGCGCAGACAUCGACCGCUGCGAGUGAGGCGUGUCAGCCUCAGGUUUCUCCAAAGACGAGGAGACGAAACAGCAACGCUGCGCGGAUGCGUCUGAAACGAGCCGAAAUGUCUCCAGGCAGCAAGGCGAAGGAGGCUGAGCGUAAACGGCGACAGCGAUGGCAAGCGAGAGCCUCGCAGCCAGAUGUGCCAGCCGAUAUCGAAGCAUCCACUUCAAAGCGUACCUUCCUCACGACGCAUCCCAGACUGCAGUUUGCCGCAGCGACCAACUACUUCACCAAGCAGUUCGUCCAGAACGCAUUUGGAGCUACCUGUUCUCUAUCGGUGUACUGCAGCAUACAUGGAACUCCGCCUGUUGUAUCUACAAAAGCUGUGCAGACAGAGGCCACAGGGUGCUUCAGUACUACGAUGGAUAUUGCAGUUGGGACAACGAUCGUUGACAGGGGUGUGUGCCAGUCAACCCAGACAUUGCCUGCUGCUGAGAAGGUGCACAGAUGGGCAGAUGCCACAGACUUUGAUGUCGAUGACAGUGGCCUUCAUAUGCAAGCGAUUUCAGUUGGCCUGCGUCAUCUGCUUGUGCUUACCGGUGCUCGUGAUGACCCCCAUGCAAGAGCUCUUCAAUGCAAUGACUGACUACGACAGAUGUGGCGCAUGGACCAAUGGCAUCUGUGCCAUGAAGGAUCAUGACGUCUUUCGUACGACACACUGUUCAAUGACGCAGCCACUCCGAUGACGCCAGCGCCACGCAGGAACCAUAUAAGCAGCCUGCUUGUGACUUUCCUCUUCAGUGGGCAUAGGAAUACGGCACCGAUAGCAUCCUCAAACUGCUUUUGCCAAUUUGUGCAGUCGGCCUGCGUCAUCUGCUUGUGCUUACCAGCGUUCAUGAUGUCCCCCAUGCAAGAGCCCUUCUCAAUAUCAUGACUGAUUACGACACGUUUGGUGCAUGGACCAACAGCACCUGCACCAUCAAGGAUCACAACGUCUUUUAUGCGACGCUGGACGCACCAUUCAACGACGCAGCCACUUCGACACUGUCAGCACCAUCUGGGAACCAUAUAAGCAGCCACCUGCAAGCAGCUGUCCUCUUCAGUGUGCAUGGGAAUGUGGCACCCAUGGCAUCCUGAAACUGGUUUUGGCUAUUUGUGCAGAGUCACUAGAUACCUGUGAAAUUCCAAGCUAUUGGAAGGUUGGGAAGUGGUUCCCUUACAUAAGGUUCUAAAGGAGUGGCCUGGUGAGUAAUUGGGCACAGACCAUUGCCUGCUGGACCCACCACAGUCAUGGAAGAGGACACUGCUACUCAGUGCGACCAGAGAGCAGACUUUAGUAUUUAUUCCACAUAGUGCAAGGGCAUCUCCAGAGCAACAGAAGCCGCAUUAUACACUCUGAAGGUCUCCAUAGGAAUGCAAUGAUGAGAUGAUUGCUGCAAUCUCUUUUCACUUCUGUUGGUCUCACUGCGAAGUGAAGAUGCCCCCUUACAUGUAGUGAUAUUAUCAUCAACAUGAAAGGACUGUGAUGAGGCUGGCCAUGAGAUUAAAUUUUUACAUUGCAAUAAAGAGUUCACCUGCCGUGGUUGCUCAGUGGCUGUAGUGCUGUGUUGCUGAGCACAAGGUCACGGGAUCGGAUCCCGGCCACGGCGGCCACAUUUCGAUCGGGGUGAAGUGCGAAGACGCCUGUGUACUUAGAUUUAGGUGCACAUUAAAGAACCCCCGGUGGUCUAAAUUUCCAGAGUCCUCCACUACGGCAUGCCUCAUAAUCGGAAAGCGGUUUUGGCAUGUAAAACCCCAUAAUUUAACUUUCUAAAUGUGCACAAGCCUAUUGGCCUAAUCGAGAAGUUUCAAAGCUCUGCAAUAUGACUCAUAUGACCAAUAUGACCCAGUAACAUUUUGACUGUCGAUCAGCACAGGUAUGUUCAUUGAAAAGUUGUCUCCAGCCUGAGACACCGGUGUUGUCAAGUCUCCGUCGGUCUGAGGUCGCGUCGAUUGGAGGUCUUCCGCACGUCGAGUGUCAGCAGUCUCACCUCGAAAGGUCGCUGACGUUAGUUUUCCAGGUGCGGGCUCAGAGAUCGUCCUUGCGACAUAUCCGACCUGUACCUCUCGAAUAGGAUGGUCGUGGUGAUGGCGAUCGCGACUGGCACCUUAAUGACGGCGCUGUCGGGCGAUAAAAUCUUCAAUCUCAGGUGGCCUUUGUCCAAAAUGGGGUCGGGGUGAAUUAAUAGGAAACCCCUGGAGUACAAGGCGACGAUACUGGCACUCUCGGUAGACAUGACCGACCUCACCACUGUGGUAACAGAGCGAUCGUCGGUCAGGCAUGCGCCAAAUGUCCGAUUUACGUAUGGCUGGUUGAGCCUCUCUUAAAUAAGGAACCCCCUGCGCUGACUGAAACAUCGCAUACAGUGUGACGGCAGGUAGCAGCGCUGGUGCAGGGAUAGAGUGCCUGAAUGCGUCGGUAUAAGUCACACUCUGAUAUUCGCUCGUGGUAGAAGGUGUCGCCGGCGACGGGACGGUGCCUCUUAAAACGUCAGUGUAAGUUGUGCAUUGAGGUUCACAUGAAGUCAUGAACACUGGUAGUGGAGUGGCCGGAAGUGCUGCUUUGUAACGUGGUGUGCCUAGCGCAUGCUGCGCUUCGUCACACAUGAUGUUGCUAAGGAGUUGGCUGAAGGCUGCUACACCUGAUGCAGCUGUCGCAGCUCGUCAUGGACUGCUGAUCAAAUAAUCUCGCGAAGCGACUCGACGUCGGUCGUGAGAGCUCCUAGGCCACUGGUACCAGAGGAAAGAUUCACUUGCCGAUCGUACUGGUGUGAGCGCUGGUGCAGGGUCUUCUCCAUGGUGACGGAUGGAGUGAGAAAAUCUGCAAUUGUUCUGGGUGGACUACGAUCAAACUAAUCCACCAAAAAGCUGUUCUUUCACGCCUCGCAUAAAGUGACACAUCUUCUUGUCUUCCAACAUGGUAGGGUCAGUUAGCCUGAAGAGAUGCACCAUGUCUUCCACGUACAUAGUCACGCUUUCAUUAGGUUCCUGAUUGCAAGACUGGAGGGUCCAUUCUGCUCGUUCCCAGCGAUCAGAGCUGGCGUAGAUGUCCAAGAGGCUUGCUUCGACAGAACUCAUGCCAUGAUGCCAGGACAAUGUGGGGACUUUCGCUCCUUGAGUACAUGACUGCCUAGGCACUACGGAGGUGUUUCUUAGUGCGUGUCGUAUGCGUUUGUCCCUAGGUGUGCCGGCAGAAGUCCCGGGGCACGGUAGUGCUGAACUUUAGCGUCGCAAGUUGGCGGCUGGACGUAAUUAUAUUUAUUAAAUCGUGUUUUUUACUAAUUUAAACAACGUAUCAUUAUUUCGCAUUAUUGGCGGCACCUCCAGGACACCAAAGCGGCAACGGGGACAUCAAAGCUGGAACCAGGACUGGUCCGUGGGUUGGGGCUCGCCGAUGCCUGCGCGUGCCAGGGGUGUAUAAGGUCGGCUGUUUGAUUUUUAUUUUAUUUUUGUGCGAAAGCCCCCUUGCAAGCUUCUGCCUCCGCGGCCCCAACCCACGGGCCACCCUGCUUCCAGCUUUGAUCCCCCCUAUACCCCUUGGGUGCCAUGGAGAUCUAUCCUGCGCCGCCUGCUUUAUUAUAACCUCAGGUGCUCUCGUGAGGCCUCCGUUUGGCGGUUACAUGUGCCCUCCUGGAGCAGUGCUUGUAAAUAAUCUAAUCUAGCGUCGCGACGAAAAAAGCGACCCGCGACUUAUACAACACCAGUCAGAACCUUGCUCCUUCAGACACAGCGAUCGCCAAAUGGGAUGUCCGUGCCCACUGCCUCACCGCGUGGGUAGCCAGCGGCGGAGCGUAAACAAACUGGACUGCACUCCGCAAUGUCGGCAUGUCUAGGGGAAAAAACGCAUACAAGACGCGCCAAGAAACCUCUUCCGUAGUGACUAGGCAGUCACAUAUUCAAGGAGCAAAAGCCCCCAGGGGAAGGUAUUCUGUAGGAGUCCACCUAGUGGACUGUCCAUUUCGGCCACUGCUGAUUGGCUGGGGACGCUCGUCGCCUCCUCGCUCAUACAGCUGCAUCCAAUGAGCAGCGGCCUAAAUGGACAGUCCACUAGGUGGACUCUCUUACAGAAUACCUCGCCAAACUUUCUCUCUCGCACCCGCUCUUACUCGCGCCUGCGCAGAAACGUCGAGCGCCGCCAGAAACGGCACGCCUGGCUGCACAAUGCCGGACAAACGCCUACAACGCGCGCUAAGAAAUCUCCUCCGUAGUGCCUAGACAGAGUCAAAGAUUCAAAGCGAAAGCCCCCAGAUUUUCUUUCUCGCGCCUGCGCACAAAUGGCUGUCGAUCCCUCAAGUGAAAGCCUCGUCGUGCGGGCGGCGCAUGACGGCGCAGCGGUCGAGCACUGGGCUUGGGCGUAAAUAGAAACGCGCCCCGGUCGCACCAGUCACGGCCGUAAAAAGCUUAGCCACCUUUGUGCGGUAUGUGCAGUUUGGUGCGCUGCACCCCUUCAUACCAAAAUACAGGUGUCAAAAUUAUGUGUUUCGUACCACUACCAAAGUCAUGAACUCGUCGAAUACCGUAACUGCAAGUCGGAGCCGAUCGGUGCAACGCACACACGCUCGACGGUCCGUUGAUGGCACUGACCAGAAAGGACUCUGCACUGACCACGGUGUAAGAGCACGUAAGAGUAUUCACCGUGGCACUGACGGAAACGAGUCCACGCCGCACCCGUAAAGUUGGCUUCGCAGCGGCGCAGUUCAACAUUUGACGUCGUUUUCCACCACGUGAUAGCGUUUGGCGAAUAGCGGUGCGAGUGGUGCCAGUUCGGCGCAACUUUGCUCCCUAGCAAAGGAGGCAUUGUCCCCAUGUUGUCCCUAGUGGGACUGCUCGCAGCGCCUCUCGCGCUUUCAUUCAAAAAGCGGACCAGCGGACUGCACGCGAAACAAGGACCAUAGUGACGGCGAACUCAAGGUGUUAUUGCUAUGGUGUUAUCAUGUAGGUAUUCUGUGGUGUUAUAUAACCGAAUGCAAGUGCAAACACUGCCAACGCCACCAGAAAGAAAAUGGGGCCGAAGCGUGUACUCAGUGCGGAGGAGAUAGAAGCUCGGAAGAAACGUCGAGCGGAGCAGCAACGUCGUCGUUAUGCGGCGAAGUGUGGCUUGGAACGCGAGCGUAUGUUGGCUCGAAAACGCGAAGUGGAGCGGCGUCGAAUGGAGUGUGCCUCAGAUCGCGAGCGUCUGUUGGCUCGAAAGCGCGAAGCGGAGCGGCAUCGAGUGUAUGGCUCAGAUCGCGAGCGUCUGUUGGCUCGAAAGCGCGAAGCAGAGCGGCGUCGAAUGGAGUGUGCUUCAGAACGCGAGCGUGUGUUGGCUCGAAAACGCGAAGCGGAGCGGCGUCGAAUGGAGUGUGCUUCAGAACGCGAGCGUGUGUUGGCUCAAAAGCGUGAAGCGGAGCGGCGUCGAAUGGAGUGCCCCACAGAACGCGAGCGUGUGUUGGCUCAAAAGCGUGAAGCGGAACGGCGUCGAGUGGCGGCGAUGAGCCCCGAGGAACGUAAUGAACAUUUAGCCCAUAAACGCGAAGUACAGAUGCGUCGAUCCGAUGCAGCAAGACAGCAGCGUAUCUGGGCCGCAUUCGCUUCGGCCAGUCUUGUUGCAGCCCAGGUAACAGUGGCGAUCACCAUUGUUUUCCAGCCAGAUAUUCUAGUGAGUGGUGCGGCGACAGCUACAUACGGAAGAGGCUAUCGGUGUACUGCAGCACACACAGAACUCCGCCCGUUGAAUCUACAAAAGCCGUGCAGACAGAGGCCACAGAGUGCAUCAGUGGUAGAAUGGAUGUUGCAGUUGGGACAACGAUCGUUGACAGGGGUGUGUGCCAGUCCACCCAGACACUGCCUCCUGCUCAGAGGGUGCACAGAUGGGCAGAUACCACAGACCUUGAUGUCCAUGACAAUGGCCCUUAUGUGCAAGGAAUUUCAGUGGCAGCUCUCGUCUACCUCCCAAAGCAGAAGUGGAUGCUCUACAACAAGGCCAUCUGUGUUUGGACAAGGAAUGCCUAGGGACCACACCUAGAACCCUUAAUGGGACACCUCUCAAGAUGCGAGCUCCCACAAGUUGCUGAGCACCAUUGUAUAAUGCCAUAACAGAGAAUGAUGCUGAAGUUCCGAGAAAAUCUAAACACAUCUUGAGGCUCACUACACCAAAAUAUUGCACUGCUUAAAUAAUGCAUGAAGUGAUGUCAUAGCAAUACAGAAGAACCAGUGCAAGAUUUUGUGUAUGACGUCAAAAUAGGUGCCUCACAAACAGCUCGCAGAAAGGAGCGUGUUUUGCACAACUGGAAGAAGCACUGUCAUUGCAGCUCACUGAAAGCAAUUUAGAACCCAGAUUCGGCAAAUGACCCAAAUUGCCGCGCCUGCUCGAUAGUUCACGUGCGCAGUGCAUGCUGUGGGCAGCUGUGAGACAUUUUCACAUAUCUCGAAGGUAAAGGGUACCACUGGGACAGCUUCCAGCAUGCCGUGUACUACGCGAUUGAUGUCAUAGCUGUCUCAUCUUGUAGCUGGGUAGUGCAGCAACAGUGCUCCUGCUAUGAGGCAAUUUGAAUGUUGGUAAUUAAAAAUAUCCCUGGUUGCCAGAUUUACAGGCUUGCUGCAAUUACUUCAGUGAUGUCUACUACCCAUAACAUUGAGCGCGAGUGAGACUUCUUGCAGCUUAACUUAUAAAACAAAACAAAAAAUGUGAUUCUAUGUUCCAAAGCAGCGAACUGUUUUUGAUUUUGCAUCACAUUGCCUACACAUUCAGCUACAUAAUAUUAUUUUAACAAUUAAUGCUAGGUCUUCGUGGAAUGAUAGUGUUCUGUAUUCUUGCUAUUGUUUUUAUUGCCAUUUUAUUUUGCUUUCUUAUUUUGCAUUCAUUUUCCUUGAAGGGGGUACUCUCAUUAUAGUUUCGACUCUCAUUUAAUUGCGUUAAAUGAAGGUCCUUGAGCUUUAAACCCAAGAAAAUAAUGACAAGCCUUCGAGUGCUGUAAAUAAUUUAGUGUAACAGGUUUUGUACAGCAAGUUCUGGUUUUGUUUGGCAUGAGGACACUGUUGCGACGUCACGACACAGUAUGUGGGCAUGUAGGAGCAGGACAUUGCGACAUUUUGACCCUCACUCCGGCUCACUCGGUCGUGUGCUAGGCUGCUACAUCAGCCCUCACAAUGAGUUGCAGCAAUGUGGACGACUGAGCGAGCCCCAAAGCGAGUGUCGAAAGGUCGCUAUGUCCUGCUCCCACGUGACCACACAUUGUGUCACGACGUCGCAACACAUUAUCCUCCUGGGAAACGAUGCAGAAACUGGCUGCAUAAAAGCUUUUAUGUAUAUUAAAUUAUUGACAAUGCUCCGAGACUUGUCACUAUUAUUUCUAGGGAGUAAAGGUCUAGGACUUUUAACACAAGAAACGAACAGACAAAACUAUCAUGUCAGCACCCCUUUAAUAUGUGUCCAACCUAGUGGGUUUUGGUAUAGGCCAUUGGCAGCCACUGGAUAAUAACUCCUAUUAAAUUUUUUCCUACAUAAAAUGGUUCAAGAGAAUGAACGAUCCAUGCUUAAAUCAGGGGGGUGAAUCUCUGCAUGGCUGCCAUUGGCUGUUUUCGAGCAGACGCUCUUUCGACGCUAGCGCCAAGUUCCCCUUCAGUUACGGCCCUAAACGCCGGGCGACGCAGAAGCAAAAUGGCGGCGCACACGAUUGUUUACGUUGUCAUGGCAACACGAACAGCAGCCGUGCGGCGCCGCCUCUCCCAAACGUUUUUCUUUUUUUUAUUAUGCCAAACCGCUCCGCUCUCUUUCCCCCUUUCUCCCAUGCCGCGCGCCCCGCGUACUUUUUUUUUCUUUAUUUUUACCUGUAAGCGGCGCGUUUUUUUUUUUUUUUAUCGCGCGCUUGCUACGGCGCACCACGCGCCAGCUCGCAAGCAAUGCGCGCGCUACGCAGCGCAUUGGCAUUGCUUGCGAGCUGGCG